AUGGGUGGAGCAAUAGCAGCUUUGAAUGCAGUGGAUAUAGUCUUCAACGGACUCAACAAGCUAUCCGUGACACCGCCCAAGUCUUGCCCAGUGACCGUCUUUGCGUUUGCUACUCCUAAAGUAGGAGACGACGGGUUCAAGAAAGUUUUCACUUCAAUGAAUAAUCUUUAUUGUUUACGCAUUAGCAAUGUGCCGGAUUUGGUUCCAAAAUACCCUAUAAUAGGGUUUGAAGAUGUUGGGAGUGAGCUAGUAAUCGAUACGGCAAAGUCUUCAUACUUGAAGCAACCAGGGCAUCCUGGAACCUGGCAUAACAUGGAGGCAUAUAUGCAUGGAGUUGCCGGGGUACAAGGCAUUUUGGGUGGGUUUAAGCUAGAAAUUGAUCGCGAUUUGUCGCUUAUAAACAAGUUUGGUGAUAUUUUACUAGAUAAAUAUGGAGUGCCUGGUUCUUGGUGGACUGAUCAGAAUACUGGUAUGGUUCAAAGACAGGAUGGAACCUGGGAGCUAAAAGAUCAUGAAGAGGAUAGUGAUUAUUAA